CUAAAUUUAUAUAUGAUGCAAGUCGAAAAUUAGCUAAACAUUUGUCGCCUCGCGAAUUGAAAAUGACGACCGACUCUAUAGACACUAGUAUCUUUUUUUAAUCAUUUAAAUUUGAAGAAGCUCACCCCACACUCACCAACUCCCCACUCCAAGGCCCUAUAUAUUUGACUCCACACAUACGUAAUCUACAUCACACGAUACUACUAGCUUCCUUCUAGUAAGACUACUCAAUUUUGUAACAUAUCAACUAGUAGCAACUUACUAAUUAUGGCCUCUACAUCAAAAUUGAGGGCCAUUUUCUUGUGCCUCCUCAUCUCCGCCGCAGCAGCCUCCGCGCCCCGCGGCCGGAAACCCCACAACCGACAACCCUGUCAGCAGCUCGUCUUUUAUUUCCACGACAUUCUUUACAAUGGGCAAAAUUACAACAACGCCACUUCCGCGAUCAUUGGAUCCCCACAGUGGGGCAACAAGACCACGGUGGCGACGCCCUACAACUUCGGCGACUUGGUGGCGUUCGACGACCCCAUAACCCUAGAUAACAAUUUGCACUCGCCUCCGGUGGGCCGCGCACAGGGCAUGUAUUUGUACGACCAGAGGAGCAUAUACGGCGCAUUGCUCAGCUUCUCGUUUCUCUUCAACUCCACCGACCAUGUCGGCACGUUGAACUUCGCCGGCGCCGACCCGUUGAUGAACAAGACAAGGGACAUUUCAGUCAUCGGAGGCACCGGUGAUUUCUUCAUGGCUCGAGGCGUCGCUACUUUGUCCACGGAUUCAUUUGAGGGAGAUGUUUACUUUAGGCUUCGUGUUGAAAUCAAUUUGUAUGAGUGUUGGUAGAUUUGAGCUGUCUUUCUCGUAAGUGAUUUAAUUUAGCCGUGUUUUUAUUGUAUGCCUAGCUAAAGAAUAACAAGCUAUGGUUUUCGAAUUUUAUUGGGUUUUUUUUUUUUUUUUUUGGUUGGUGUCGAAGUUGUUAGGAUGAUGAAUGGUUUUCAUCCGUGCAUGUAUUUUCCUAGUGGCAUGCACAUGCGUAGUGUUGUUACAUGUCGAUUUUCGUUUUCUAGUAAGGUUUUCAAUGUAUACUAUACUUUGGUUUCUUAUGUGACUAAUUUGCUAUUUUUAUGUAA